AUGCGAACUCGAUCGAGUCGGUCUACAGAAGACUUGGUCGAGCUAGACUCCAACACGGGUAAAAGGAGAGUUCAGAGGACACAGAGGUACAAGAGGAACCUGAGGUGCUUGUUGCUGAUACAAUGGAAGUACCAGAGGGGAAUGGAAACCCUUUGGGCAAUUGAUGUCUUUUGGAGCAUUUUGGAGCAUAUGGGACGUGAGGAGCAAGGAAGGACUUGGUGCAUGGACGCAGCUCAACUAGACACGCAAAGGAAGAAAGAGGAAGCCACCUUGAAGACCAGCUCGACCACCUACUCGACCAUCCGGUCAAGUUCCUCAACUCGACCAGCCAAGAUCAACUCGAUCGAGCUGAGAAGUCAAAGUCAAACCCGGAAAAUGUUGCUUUCCCCUUGA